AAAAAAAAAAAAAAUGGGCACAUUUUGUAAAGGAAUGAGUAUCAAAUGUACUAAUGUAACAAGUUUUUCAGCACGAACGACUGUAAUCUAACAUGUUCAUCCAUAAUUUGUAGCUUCUAUAUUUGUUUUCGGACUUCGGGGCUCUCCAAAUAAAAUGUCUAACGAAUCAAAGCUCUUAGGAAGAAGUUCUUUUUCCAAUCUACAUCUCAUUACCAUCAAAGCUUCAACCCACCCAAAGUUAAUUGUUUAAAUAUUGCAUAUAGGAUAUACCCUUAAAUGCCAGCAAUAUCCCCUGAACACAACAGGCGAAAAAGAAAACGAAAAGAAAAUCAGCCUGAAGUACUAAACAUCAGUCCUUCCUGCAAUUAAUUUAAACCUCUUGUUUCUUUUGAGUAUUAUAUACCUCUUGGUCUAGAUCAAUUAUUGCUGGGUAGGAUAAACAGACAUAACUAGUUCUUUACAAGAAAGGAAAAAAAAAAAAUAAACCAAAAAAAGACCAUUUGGUCAGUUAUCCUAAUGAUUCUUUGUAGACGUUAUUAUAAAUUAGUAAGGGAAUUAAUGAUGAAAUCAAGCCAAUAAUUUAUAGAUUUUGUCCGUCAUCAGAAAAAGAGAAGUGAACUAACUCCAACCUAGCAAGCUAGUGGAAAGCAAUGGCAAAGAGGUUUGGUGGUAGGUGUAGCUUGAUUAAUCAACUAAAACUGGAGGUAAAGGACAUAAUGAACAGCUAAUCAAUAAUUAACUGGGCAGAAAGAUAUUCAUAAUAAUGUACAAGGCAAAAGCAUAUAAAAACCAGUUACGAUGGAAAUUUUCUUUUUCAACAUAACAACUGUCUGAAGAUCCAAGCAUUUUGUUCAUUAUUUGAUUACCAAGCACAACUCUGUUGAAAGGUCACAAUCUAGUUAUGGGCCAUCAUAAAAUCUAAAGAAUGUUCUUUCAGUAAAUAACAAUAAAUUUCUGAAGUUGACUUUUUCCUACAUCAAGAACGCCUAUUGAAAGGUAUCCACACAAACUUUUUAACCAAAUGUUCAUGUCAAAUUUCUCAACUAGUGAAAAGCAAAAACUCCAAACUCUCUAUGAACCUUAGGUGAAAUCAGAAAAUGCUGCAUCACAGAUAAUGAACAAACACCACAUUGCAUCCUAACAAAAUGCACUAUACAAACACACAUCAUAGACCAGGCCAUUUACUAGUCAUUUGCUUAAGGAUGUCAUGGGAAGAAAUAAUACUUUUUACUUCCUUGUAUACAUUCCUAAGUUUAAAGCAGUCACAUAGCAGUAAGAACAGUUCCAUGCUUUGACUAUAAGUGAAAUCCAACGAGAGAUGCAAAAAUUCAAAUCAAAACAAUGAGAGCAAUAAUAACUAACCAAAAACCCACAGAAUGAUCAAUCAAACAUCCAGUGGUGAGUGGUCCACUCCCUUCAAUUGUAACACUUACGUGCCAACCUCACACAAUCUAACCAAUGCAGUAUCUGCAUAUUUGGGUCCCUCUCCACCACAACAUCGGUCACGGUUAUCUGAAUAUUGCCCCUGUAACCAGUGAUCCUACCACGUACUCUAACAAGAACCCCCAGCUGGACGCGGGAGGCAAAAUCGUUCGCCACUUCGGCAAUUAAUCGAACACCUGAUGGGUUGCGGCGGGAGAAGUAAGCAGAGGUAAGCUGAUUAGUCCAUAGGAUACAAGUAAUGCAACCAAAACCAUCGUCCACAGAAAAUUUCACGAACUUUCCCGGCUUAAGGUCUCGCGUCACCACGAUUCCGACCGUCUCAGCACGGGAGAGACGUUUGCCUCGCCGGAGGAAGGCGGAGGAAUCGUUCCGGGAAGGGGAAGGCGUGAGUUUCAGCAAGUCAGAAGCAAGGAGUUUGACAUGAGUGUUGUACAAAUCGUCCAUCGCCGAUGGCUUUAUUAAUGUUGCCAUUUCUCAAAAUUGGCUCUCAAUUUAUUCGGUUUUGUUUGUUGAACUCGGGUCGAAUUUGAGGUAUCUAUCUGGAAACUUUUUGGCGGGAAAAAUCUGUUUGUUGAGUCACUUUUGGAUAUACUCGGGAAAGGUUGAAGCCCGUCCAGUCCACUUAAAUAGGGCAAGUACAUUUCAGGUCCAAAUCGGCCCAAGCAAAACAUAGAAUCAAUACGGUUCGGGUCGGUAAUUAUUUCCUGGAUGCAAUUCGUUAAUCAAAAUUUUUUUCCCCAAAUUCCACGUAAACCCUAAGUUCAAAUCGAGUUCCAGAAAGACCGCACAUUUUCCGUAUCAUUUCAGAGGCUAGCGAAAAAUUUCCCAGAUGAAGAAGAGGUCAGCGCCGUACAUGUGGAGUGAUGACGAAGACGAUUCCGGUUCAAAUAGUGAUAAUUCUUCGACCGUCGACGGCGAGGAUGAGGAUGGCAAGCAGAAAUCUGCAAUCAAAAGCGACGAUUCUUCCAAAACCAAAGCUUCUCAAGCGAAGAAAAAGAGAGAAUUGGCUUUUAAAGCGUUAGCAAAACAUGGGUAUAAAGGCGGGCCGUCUGUUCUGGAGGUGCCCCUUCCAGCGGAACCAGAUGAAGAGAAGGACUGGUCAUGGUCAAAAGGGGAGGAAAACCGGUCAAAGGAGACUGAAGAAACGUAUGAAGAUAGAUUGAAGACUAAAGCUGCAUUGCUGGAAGGAGAACAGCUUGAGAAUGUAGUGACGUCGAGAGAGAGAAGGGAGCUCUCUUUUCAACAGAAGGAGAAGAGGAAAAGAGACCUUGGUCAAGCUAGCAGAGGGAAGAACUAUGUAGAAGAAGAGAAGAGGCUUUUGAGGGAGAGUGGUAUUUACUCUGGCUUUGAUUCUUGAUUUAUGGAUAGAAGAAAAGAAGACUAUUCUUUAUGUUGUAGUUGAGUCAGUGAUUUCCAUUGUAUUUAAGCAGAGUAUGUUUCAUCUGUCACAAUUAAAUCUUUUUACCUUCACAUCAGUUGUGGCCGUAUUUAGUUUUGGCCAGAAUUUAUCGCCUGAUUGAGGUUCUGUUCGUAGCCAACCUCACUAGGUGGGAAAAAGGCUUGUUGUUGUAUUGAGGUUGUGUUCGUAUUUAGUUCUGGCCGGAAUUUAUUGCCUGAUUGAAGCUGCAUUUCUAAUUAUCUGCCUGCUUGUCAAUGGCGGAAACAGAUGUAUAAACGCCAGAGAAAGGAAACAUCCUUUAGGAAUUGUCUGGCCUGGCACCCGGCUCUAUUCUUAAGGGGGUUUCGUUCUCCGGGAAACAGAGAAUACCUGCUAUUGAACUAUUUCACUCAGAUAGCAGUUCGUGGUAUAACAGGGUUCUCAAUAGUUUCAAAUUUGGCUUCUGUGUCAGUGUAUUGUGCUGUCAGCUGUGGAAGUUUUUCCUUUGGUACAUUGUGACAGCGACAAUAAAGUUGUUUAGUACUACUAUCAUAGAUGAUCAUUUUGGCCCAAGGCAACAACGUUUAGAAUUCCCUUCAGUUAAUAUCAACUGUCAACUCCCCAGUUAUGAAUUGGCAAGGGCAGAUUAAUCAUUAAUAUGUACAACGAGCAAAGAAACGGAGGAGAGUGAUCAGAAUCCUACCAACAGAAAAAGGAAAGGAAAGAAAAUGGUUGAAGCCCGUCCAACUUUGAACGAGACGUCCACAUUUCUGGUCCACGGGAGGCCCAUUAAUUAUAUUUCCCCCAAUUCGUCUCAACCUAAGUAAAGUCUAAUUCCAUUUCCCGAAGGAUACAAUUCUCUACACAUUGCGGACUGAUUAUACACUAAUUUACAUCAUUCCGCAAGGUCGACAGAAGAAUUGUGCCCAAAAUGAAGAAGAAGAGGUCGGCGCCAUGGACGUGCGAUGAUGAUGUUGAUGACGGCGAAUCGAUUGUGAGCAUGGCGAAGAAGUAAAUAAUGCGUCAAACUUAGACUUACUGGUAGAUGAUGAGUCGGUUUCGCCCGAAGUCAUUACUGCUUCUGCAAUUUAAGUGAGGAAAAUUGUUUCUGAGGAGAUUGGCGAUAAGUUAUUUUCCCUCUUGAUUGAUGAGA